AUGGCUUCCGGUAUUGGCGCCUUUGCUCUAGACGAGGGCCUUAUCGAGGCACCAAAGGGAAUUUCGAAGGUUGACAUCCGUGUCUACAAUACCAAUACCGACACACAAUUAAUAGAAACAGUAGAGGUUGAUGAAUUCGGCUAUUUUCAACCGGAAGGUGACUAUCAUAUUGGAGGCUUCAGCGGCUCUGGAAGUCGGAUUGAUGUGGCCUUUAUGGAUCCUGCUGGUAGCAUGACGAGGAAGCUCUUCCCUAGUGGGAAGAGAGAGGAGCGACUGGCCGUGAUGAUAGCAGGCAAAACGACGUCGAUCAAGGUCACAUUGAUUGAUGCCGCCAAUCCGUUCAUAUUUGUCGACCGUGCUACGCUGCCCAUCGGCAUGAGGUCACUAUCGCCAGACUCGACGGAAUUUAUUGAAGCGGUGGAGAAUGUUCGCAAAGCUGGAGCCGUCAGGUACGGAUUGGCGACAUCAGAGGAGGAAGCCGGCCGAGUGCGUGGAACACCCAAGAUUGCGCUGCUGAGCCCUCCUCCAACCGAGAGUAAACUCGAUAUAAGAGUUCUUGCUUUCAGCAUGGGCAAGCCACACCCCAGCCUACAGCUCACUGGCGCCGUCUGCCUUGGAGCUGCUCUCAGCAUUCCUGGAACUAUUGCUUCACGAUUGUCGAUAAUGAGAGAGAUGACGGACGAGCAGCCCCCUUCACCACCUAGUAGCGAUGAGGAAGCCGAACAAAGCGAAGAUGACUGCUCACAAGGAGAGAGGAUGUUUUUGAUCGGCCACUCAUCGGGGACAAUUGAUGUUGCAGUCAAGACGCAAUUCGGCAGUGGAGAUGAAGUCACGGUUGAGUACGCUAAGGACUGCGGUUUCCAAGACGUUAAUAUGAGGGCUUCACGGCAGAAUAUCGAAAUGGGUAUACCCACCCCCAAAGAGGUAUUCAACUAUCGAGUUUACGUUCUGGCUCUGAUCAGCAGUAUGGGAGCUGUAAUGUUCGGAUAUGACUUGGGCUUCAUUGGAACUGCAAUGGAGCUAGACUCCUUCCAGAACGACUUUGGUCUUGAGAAUGCUUCAACUUCUCGAGAAUCCGCUUUCAAAGCCAACGUAGUGUCACUACUACAAGUUGGGUGUAUUGUUGGCUCGCUAGCAGCCGGUCCUGUCAGCGACAAAUGGGGACGGCUGGUAACACUCUUCUUGACGGCCAUAUUCUAUAACGUCGGUUCGGCCAUACAAACUGGUGCUCAUGGCUCUGAGGGAAUGAUGCUGGCUGGCCGAUGCGUUGGGGGUGUUGGAGUCGGCGCUGCUAGCAUGAUUGUACCCCUUUAUGUAGCCGAAGCCUCUCCACCAACUAUUAGAGGACGGCUUGUGGGUAUCUACGAGAUCGGCGUGUCGAUGGGAACGUUGAUAGGCUUCUGGAUCAAUUAUGGCCUUCAAAGGAACCUUCCCGCAACUUCAACACAGUGGAUCAUCACUUUCGCCGUGCAACUGAUUCCUGGAGGACUGCUCAUGAUUGGCGUCUUUCUUAUUCCAGAGUCUCCCAGAUGGCUGGCGGCCAAUAAGGGUCGUGAAGCUUGCCUCCGCGUCUUGCAGAAGCUUCGUGGCAUCCCGCCCGAUCACCCCUAUCUGAUGGAAGAAGCCCAUGGCAUCUUCCAACAAAUGGAACACGAGAUGACUCUCUCUGAAGGAAAGAGCUUUAAGUCGUCAUUGAAAGAGAUGGCAAAGCCGGGCAACCGGCAGAGACUCCUUAUUGGUGCACUCAUGUUCAUUUUCAUGCAGAUGGCUGGCUCAAACGCAAUUAAUUAUUAUAGCCCUACAAUAUUCAAGAGUAUUGGUCUGACCGGUACGAACACUGGCCUCUUCGCCACCGGAAUUUACGGAGCAGUGCGAUUCGUGGCAAUUAUCAUCGCCAUGGUCUUCAUCGUCGACCGGUUUGGCCGAACGAGAACUCUCAUGGUAGGAAGCGGUAUAAUGGCUAUCGCUAUGUGGUAUAUUGGCGCCUAUGUCAAGGUCGCCCAUCCGCCCAGUAAAGGGGCUACACACAUCACAGCCGGCGGAUACGCCGCCGUCGUCAUGAUCUACGUCUACGCCGUUGGAUGCAAUAUCAAGUACGGCACGUACUUCCUCUUUGCAUCGAGCAUGACGCUUGCUAUUCCUUGGGUCUUCUUUUUUGUGCCAGAGACUAAGAAUUUGAGUCUUGAGGACAUGGAUGAGUUAUUUGGCCUAGAGGGUAUUGAUCACCUCUACUAUGAUGGGAAAGCUGGAGACGAUCAAGAGAAGGGAGAAAUAAGACAAGUUGAGCAUCCUCUGACUAAAUAA